AUGUACCAACUGUUUGGAGACCUUGUUCUUGACCCACCCCCACCAGAUCGACUGGAAGCCAUCAAGGAGCUGGAGCCAUACCUCCGUGAUCUCGAAAGUCGCGAGAAGCUAGUGGUCGAUCGCGAUGAAAUCCACAGAAAGGUUUCGAGUUUCCGACUUGAUGAAACUCAGAAAUGGAAAGAGAUGGCUCAAGAAGGGUGCCCGAAGCGAGUCGCCGAACACAUCGUGACAACCACAGGGUCCUGGGAGGCAAGACGUAGCCACCAGAUGCAUGUCCCAUCGUACACCUCACUGAAUAUUCCAAAUGGUGAAACUGGUGAUCCAACAAGCCCCUGCCCCGCGUUGAUCAUGGCCAAUAAAUUCGAUCCCGAGACGCAUUUUAUAUAUGAUCACUUCCAUCGCAGGGAAGAAUCGGAUUUUAGUCCAUUCAAAGGCUAUCCGGAUCAUAUCAGAGAAUUGCACGAAGAGCACACGGCUUGGAUCAGAGCCACGAAUCAAGCAAAGGUGGAAAUAAUCUACAAACGCUUUGGGGCGAGUACGAUCGUGUUUGGCUCCAUUUCGAAUGGAGAAGCCCAGAGAGAAAACAGCUCUCUAAGAUACUCCUCUUCGCACUCCACCCCCAACGAUUCCUCAAUUUACCCAGCGGACUUGCUGAAGAAACCGCUACACAAGACAAACUUCACUCCUGUGCCUGCAAACUCGCCGGGCUUCCUUACAUCGCCAACUACUACUCGUCAAGAGAGUGGAAGUCGAUGA